GAAUGUGAACACUGUCAGUUCAAAACUGCAGCUGAGUACAACUGGACAUCGCCAGCAAUAAUCGUGGCUGCAGAUCGUACCUGUUCAGGUCUAUACAAUAUCAUCAUACCUCUCAGAGCCUACUAUCGACCUGUACAUCAACUGCAACCAAUCAUUUUAUUGCUUGAACUUGAAGAAAACACUUCGCCAAACCCAUCCUUCCUUGACGUUAUUGCGUGGUUUCCUUUGGUCUAUUGGAUGCAAGGCAAAAUUUCAAGUUUGGAUAAUCUACUGAAGGCUGGCGUGUGUUUGGCGGACAACGUGAUCGUUGUCAAAGAGGGUGCGACAGCCGUUGAAGAGCAUCUCGCUGAUUGCACAACUAUCGUGACGGUGCAGAAAAUUCAUAGGAUGUUUCCACAGUUGAGAUUGAUAACAGAAUUGACACAUUCGUCAAAUAUGCGAUUCAUGCAGUUCGAUGCAGACGAUCGAUAUGCAAUGCAACAAUCCAAAUUUGAGAAGAGGGAACGGAAGCGUGGUUCGAAUAUGCCAUUCAUGUUCCGUCUUCCUUUCGCACAAGGUGGAGUGUUCUCGGCGAAUAUGUUAGAUCGUUUGCUGUAUCAAGCGGUUGUGAAGCCUUAUGUUGUUGACUUCGUGCGCCUUCUGCUGGGCAUCGAUCAGUCGGUUGGAUCCGGCUACUUAAUGAGUUUUAAAAUAACGCACGAGGAUUUAUGGAUAAGGAACUACGGUCGUCUCUAUCAGAAACUAUGCAGUUCUGUAGCCGACAUUCCUAUUGGCAUCUUCCGAACGAAACCGAUGGACUCCAAUACGGUAUUAUGA